ACAUGGGAUGUACAUUGAGAGGCGGAGAAAGGAAGGAGAAGAGACGAAGUGAAGGCGAUGGCGAGCGCGGCGAAGGAGGGGAGCGGCGGUGUCGCCCUGGCGGCGGCGAAGUUCUGCGACUCCUGUGGCGCCUCGCCGGCCGUGCUCCACUGCCGAGCCGACGCCGCGUUUCUCUGCGGCGCCUGCGACGGGCGCGUGCACGGCGCCAACGGCCUCGCCUCCCGCCACGAGCGCGCGUGGCUCUGCCAGGUGUGCGAUCGAGCGCCCGCCGCCGUAGUGUGCAAGGCCGACGCCGCCGCCCUCUGCGUCGCCUGCGACGCCGACAUCCACGCCGCCAACCCUCUCGCUCGCCGCCACCACCGCGUUCCCCUGCCGCCGUUCGUCGGCACCGCGCCCGCCGCCGCCGCCUCUGUCAGCUCCACGCUCCAGGAAGACACCGCCGCCGGCCACUCGCUCCUCCACCAGGAAGCGCUGCCGCCGCGGUUCUUCUUCUCCGACGCCGAUGCCUACCUGGACCUCGACUACGCCGACGAGCCGAAGGCCUCUGUCGACGAGGAAGCGGGUCCGGCCGCGUGCCUCCUGUCGCCCACCGGCGUCGGUGGUUGGCGUUUGGAUCUCAACGCGAUCGUAUCCAAACCCGAACCGGAUCUUUCCUUUUGUCACAGCGAGUCGUCGGAGACGGCGGUGGUGCCGGAGGUGUCGCAGGCGGCGACAUCCGCGGGGCAUCCAGAUAUUCCCUCGCACAAUAACUGGGAUCCGGCGGCGGCUCGGGCGGAGCGGGAAGCGAGGCUGAUGCGGUACCGGGAGAAGAGGAAGAGCCGACGGUUCGAGAAGACGAUACGGUACGCGUCGAGGAAGGCCUACGCGGAGGCCCGGCCGAGGGUGAAGGGGCGGUUCGUUAAGCUAACGGAGGCGGAGAUCUACUCGGGGGCGGCGGAGGCGGUGGCCGCGCUCAUGGCCGACGAUGACUACGGCGUCGUGCCGUCGUAUUGGAAUUUGAAGCCAUACGCGUAGAUUAAUUAAUCAAACUAUAAGGUCUGAAAUAGAUGUUUGCAUAUUAUAAAUUGUGAACGAAAUGCCGUACGUUGAGGGAGGAAGCUACUCAGUUUAUUACUUUAGUUCCAUGAAAACAUUUAAUUAUCUCAUAUAAUUUCUGUUACUAGAGCUGUAAA